CUUUUAUCUCUCUAAUAUUUUUCUCAAUAUCAACAACUUUAGUUUUUCCUUUAAAACUACCUACAACAAACAAACUUUUCAAUAAUGUCUUUUGCAACCAGAUUGGCUCUUCCUCGUUUGGCUCGCGCCAUGUCUUAUUCAUCAAAUUUCGGAAACAAUAUGACUAACAACACCAAACUUGCUUUAAGCGCCAGUGGCUACUUGGCCGCAAGUUUAGGGGUUGCUAAGAUUGCAGAAAGCAAAAACAUGGGCUACAUCUUUAAACAACUUGGGGACUGGUAAACUAUUAGGAUUAAUAGAGGAUUGGGUUUUUUUUUCACACAUUUUUAUGGGGUUAUAAUACAACAGAUACAUACACACUUACUCACAUUUCAUUGAUAAUCUGAUUGAAAAGAUUUUAUGGAAGUUAUAUUAUUUAGUGUAAUAAAGAUUUAUAAAUGGUUUAUGUAUUAAACCAUUGAUUAA